AUGGAUAUGGAUGACCCAUUAGGUGCCCACGAGCUUGGGCCUUUUAGAACUCCUAUGCUUACCAUGAUGGUGGUGAAUAUCCGGACGGCUUUAGGUGAUCAGAUAGACUGUGGUCAGGUGGCUACUGGAGCGCUUUUCCAGCUUGAUGUUGCCAGAGCGAUAGCAGCCCAGUUUGUGAUUGCUGUUCAAUAUAUUCAUUCACAAAAACUCGUCCAUGGAGACCUCCAUCGCGGAAACAUUCUCCUCCGACUGUCCCGUGAAUUCGAUGACUUAUCCACUGAAGAAUUGUACGAGCAGUAUGGGGAGCCGAUACGCGAGCCAGUCAAUCGAUCUAAUGGCCAAAAGCUCCCGGCAGGUAUCCCGCAAUAUGGUAUAUUUCCUGUCUGGCUGGGGAAGCAAGUUGAAAACAUCGCACUUCCAGAAGCCAGGAUCAUCCUUUCGGACUUUGGUGAGGCAUUCUGUCCGGCGCAAGAAAAGAAAUUUGAGUCCCGUACGCCUCUCCUGAUCCGUCCUCCAGACGCCUGGUUUGAGCCAACUAAGCCUCCGGACUUUUCAUCCGAUAUCUGGACACUUGCCCGCACCAUCUUUGAUAUCGUUGCCCAAAGGCCAGCAAAUUGA